GCCCAUGAUUCCUCGAGCCAGGCGUAUCACGUGCGUGCACUGACCAUGCGAAGUCUUGGCAUGAAAUUCGCACCGUCAACCUUCUCCCAGCGCGGCUUUCCCAAAAUUCGUCCUUGCACCUCACACCAGCACGCCGCAUUUAUUUCCCGCACCAACACGUUCAACAACCCGACAAUGGCAGAUCGCGGUGGUGCAGCUCCCGCAGCAGGUGCGCGCGGUGGAUUCGGCUCUCGUGGCGAUCGUGGCGGUGACCGCGGCCGUGGGCGUGGGCGUGGACGUGGCCGUGGCCGCGGACCCAAGAACGAUGAGAAGGAAUGGCAGCCCGUCACCAAGCUCGGCCGUCUGGUGAAGGCCGGCAAGAUCAAGAGCAUGGAAGAGAUCUACCUCCACUCCCUGCCCAUCAAGGAGUACCAGAUUGUCGACUUCUUCCUGCCCAAGCUGAAGGAUGAGGUGAUGAAGAUCAAACCCGUGCAGAAGCAGACUCGUGCCGGUCAGCGCACGCGCUUCAAGGCCAUCGUGGUCAUUGGCGACAGCGAGGGCCACAUUGGUCUCGGCAUCAAGACGUCCAAGGAAGUGGCCACUGCCAUCCGUGCCGCCAUCAUCAUUGCCAAGCUGUCCGUCGUUCCCAUCCGUCGUGGUUACUGGGGCACCAACCUCGGUGACCCUCACUCCAUCCCCACCAAGGAGAGCGGCAAGUGUGGUUCCGUCACCGUUCGCCUCAUCCCCGCUCCCCGUGGUACCGGCCUCGUCGCCUCGCCCGCCGUGAAGCGUCUGCUCCAGCUGGCCGGUGUCAACGACAUCUACACUGCCUCUUCCGGCUCCACCAAGACGCUCGAGAACACGCUCAAGGCCACGUUCGUCGCCAUCACCAGCACCUACAGCUUCUUGACCCCCAACCUGUGGAAGGAGACGAAGCUCAUUCGCAGCCCGUUGGAGGAGUUCAGCGAUGUGCUGCGCGAGGGCAAGCGCUACUAGGCGGGUCGUAGUCGGCAUUCGACUAUGACGAAGAAGGAGAGGAGCGAAGAGAAGGAUCGAUGUGAGCUCGACUGGUCUGAAACAGGCGAUCGUUAUGCUUCAUGCUCCCCACAGGAUGGAGAGCGAGAUAUGUAGUGUAGCUUGAGCCAAGACUAAUCAAGGCCGCCGUGAUCUCUUCUGCAAACACGUUACCUUGCGCACUGUAAGACGUUGUGGUCAUUCCUGCCCGUCUGGCAUGGAGGUUAGAAAGCAAGCAUAAAGGUGUCCACAAGGCUGCGCAAAUUUUUUAAGUCUUGGCGUAAGACAUGCUACAUCAAUCGACCACGUAGCAACCUCGACACAUAUAACAUUUUGACUGCCUA